GGCGAAGCGCAGUUGCUAUUCGUUUUGGUCGUUUGCGCAGUAUUCUGUAUAUUUUAUACAUUUUAUAUUCGUUUUUUGCCGAUUUUAUUAUUUAUUCCACUGGUUUUGAUUAUGUAAAUAAGGCCAUUUAUCAGAAGAAGAUAUGUGGCCAGAUCCAACAGAUACAUCAUUGAGAAAACCACGUCGGUUGAAAGGAACUGCUGCAAAUAAAUUUGUUAGUAUUGCAAUCAUCUGUACCUUAGCAGCAGGGUAUUCUCUAGCCUAUUUAUUCUCUGUAACUCCACCUGUGAAAAGAUACGUACAAUUCAUAAAUGAAAAAGUAAAUAAUAGAUCAGAAGAUUUAGAUCUUGCUGAUGCACUUAUAAAAAAAGCACCCUAUUUGAAAAGAAGAAUGGAAGAAUUAAAAAAAUUCGAUAAUUAAGAAAUUUAAUAUGCUUUCAAAGAAAAAGAAAAAAAAUCCUUCAACAACAUCAGAGGAGGAGAAAAAAUUAAUUCCAAAAAAAAGAAGAAUCAAACAACAACCGAAAUCAUACUAUGGAACUGAAUUGGAACUUGCUCUUGCAAUAUCAAAAUCUUUGCACGAUGCUGAAGAAGAAGAAAAAGUUGAAUUAGGUUUAAUAGCACCCUCAGAAUUAGUUUCAGCAGUAUCAACAAAAAUUGAAAAAAAUCCUCCAAGCCAUUGGUUCAAUAAAAAUAAAUCAGCCAAUGAUGCAUUUGUUACAAAAUUUAAAAGAAAUGCAUUAAAAAUUAAAACAACUUUACAAACAUCUACUGAAGAUAUAAAAGAGCGAGUUUUAACUAAUAAUUUAGCAAAAAUAUUAAUAGAAACUGAGAAUUGUGAAAAUGAAAAUUUGUUGACAAAAAAUUUAGAUGCAAUAAAAUUGAGCAAUGUACUCUGGAAUAACACAACAUAUUAUAAUGAAAAUAUAUCCAGCAUUUUUUUUAUAGACAAAUUAUUUAGUUCUGAGAAAAAAGAAACAUCAAAAGAAAAUUUAACUGACAACAAUUAUUUCGAAGAAAAUGUAUUUGAAGAAAAAAGUGAGAGGAUAUUUGAAAAAAUUAAUAAAAAAUUACAUGAGACGGAAAUAAAUGCAGAUGAACGCAACUUAGAAAUUUUAUUGAAUUUAAUAAAUUUAUGUCCAAUUAAUGAUCAAAUUUAUAAUAAUCUUAAAGGACUAUUCUUUGAUGAAGUAAGUCAAGAAUUAUAUUCAAAUUCACCUGAAUUAAAUUUAAAUAAAAUGAAUAUUAAUUCUUCUUUUCAAAUGCAAAGAAUGAAUUUAUCUUCCGAAUUAGAUUGUUUUUUGGAAAACGAUAAUUUAAAUUCAGAGAAAAUUUCAAACGUUGAUAAAAUAAAUGAUUUUAAAGAAAUUGAUAUUUUAUCUUCAGAAAUUAUCGAUAUUGUCAAUGAUCGUCAAGAAAAAUCGUCAAAAAAUUCUGAAAAAAUCGUCAAUAAAAUUAAUUUAGAUGAAGUUGAAAAUAUUAAAUUUCAAGAUGUAAAACAUUUAGAAAUUAACAAUGAUUUUCAUGAAUCAAAUAUAAAGAAUUAUGAUACAAUAACAAAUAAUGAAAUUAUAAAUCUUGAUGAAGAUAACGAAAGUUCAAACAAUUUAACACAAAUUUUUAAGGAAGAAAAUAAUUUAAGAGAUGAAAUUAUUAAUCUUGAUGAGGAUAACAAUAGUUCAUUAAAUAAUUUAAAUAAAUCAAUUUUUGAAAAUGAAAAUAAUUUAAGAGAUGAAAUUAUUAAUCUUGAAGACGAUAACGAUAGUUCAUUUAGCGAUUUAAACACUGCGAUUUGUGAGAAAGAAAAUAAUUUCAAUGAAAUUAUAAAUCUUGAAGAAGAUAACGAAAAUUAUAAAGAAGAUCAUUCGUCUAUUGAUUUAGAUAAAGCGAUUUGCGAGAAAGAAAAUAAUUUCAAUAGAAAUGAAAUUAUAAAUCUUGAUAAAAAUAAUGAGAACAAUUCAUCAAUGGAAUUAGAUUUUUCAUUUCAUGAGAAUGAAAAUAAUUUCUGUACAAAAAACAUGGAAACAAAUAAAUCAUUCGAAAAUUUAGAAAUUAAACAUUGUGAGAAAAAAACUAAAUUAAAUGAUAGUAAUGAAAUUAUAAAUCUUGAUGAAAAUCACGAUAGUUCAUCGAUGGAUUUAGAUUUUUCAUUUGAUGUGAAAGAAAAUAAUUUUUCUCAAAAUGAAUCUUGUGAAAAAAAUAAUGAAAGAUCGUCGGGAAAUUUAGAUAUUAAACAUUGUGAGAAAGAAAAUAAUUUUGAUAAAAAUGAAAUUAUAAAUCUUGAUGAUCAUCACGAUAGUUCAUCAAUGGAUUUAGAUUUUUCAUUUGAUGUGAAAGAAAAUAAUUUUUCUCAAAAUGAAUUUUGUGAAAAAAAUUAUGAAAGAUCGUCGGGAAAUUUAGAUACUAAACAUUGUGAGAAAGAAAAUAAUUUUGAUGAAAAUGAAAUUAUAAAUCUUGAUGAAAAUCACGAUAAUUCAUCGAUAGAUUUAGAUUUUUCAUUUUGUGAGGAAGGAAAUAAUUUAAAUAAAACUGGAAUAAUAAAUAUUGAAGAUGACAUUUCAUUCAAGGAUUAUUUCAGUAAAAUUAAAUUUUCCAAAGAUUCUAAUAAAAUAGACAAUUCUAAUGUUGAACAAAUUCAACAAUUGCAGGGAAUCAAAAAAAAAUCACAAGCCACAAAAAGUGAUAGGAAAAAAUCUGUCCCAAUUAAAAAUAAUGUGAAAAGUAGUGGAAAUAAUUUUCAAAAAAAUAUGUCACAAGAAAAUUCUUCUAAUUUAACUAAAAAAACUUCAUCAUUUAAAGAAAAUAAAAAAUCAAAAAGUGAUUCUCAAAAAUUAGAAGUAACAAAGCAAAGUGAAAAUAUUUUCGAAAUGAGAAAAAGUCUUAGUGACUUCUUUCAAAACGAUAGUGAGAUAUUAAAAAAGAUUUUUAAAUACGAGCCAUUAGGUUUAAAUUUUUUGAAAGCACAAUUAAAAAAAGAAAAAAUUAAAUACAAAAAGGAUGUAUUAUUGAAAUUUCUUGAUGAUCAAGGAAUUACUGUCUGCAUGGAGUAGCAAAGGAAAAAAAAUAUUAGAACAUUGUACUAUAAAAAUUUAUAAUUUAGUUGAAAUAAUUGAAAUUUAAAUAAACAAAAUUUAAUUUUUAAAAAAGGAA